UGUCUUUUAUUGUAAUAAUGGCCGCGAGUUUAAUAUUUUGUGAAUUUUUUGGAAGCUUUUGGGUUGGUGUUUCAGGAAUACGUGCUCAGUCACCUGCAACAAAUGAACAACCAUGGGCCUCCAUCCUAUACACAGCUGUAGUGAAGGGAAAAGUGGCAUUACCGUGCGAUAUAUCACCUCCCUCAGUAGACGAUGGUGUUGCUCUAAUUCUGUGGUACAAGGACGAAGCUCCAUCUCCUAUAUAUACACUUGAUGCCAGGCAAGGAACUCUUGAGCAAGCAAGGCAAUCUGCAGUUUCUAUUUUAGAUCAUAGAGCCUAUUUUAAUAUGAUUAACAGGCCUGCCUUUCUACAAUUGGAUCCAGUACAAGAAGAAGACGCCGGUGAAUACCGGUGUAGAGUGGACUUUCAUAAAGCAAGAACAGUGAACACAGUUAUUACGCUGAAAGUUAUAGUGCCACCAACGGAGCCUAUCAUAUAUGAUGAUGAAAGGAGAAAAGUAAAAGGAAUUAUAGGUCCAUAUAAUGAAGGAGAAUCUCUGAAAAUUCUCUGUGAAUCAGAUGGAGGAAAGCCAAGACCAGCUGUCACAUGGUGGAGAGACUACGCACUGCUUGACGAUACUUAUACAUUCGUUACUGGAGAUAAUUCUGUCCGAAACGAAUUGGAAAUCGAAGAGCUCCACAGGAAUGACUUACUGGCCGUACUUCAGUGUCAAGCUUCCAAUAACAAUAUUACAGUUCCAGCAUCGGCAUCAGUUACUUUGGACUUGAACCUGAAACCAUUGAUAGUACGAGUUGAUCAACACAAGCGUCCAUUAUCUGCUGAGAAGGAAGCCGAAAUAAAGUGCACAACGAGUGGAUCUCGCCCACCUGCAGUCAUCACGUGGUGGAAGGGAAACAAAGAACUGAAGACGGGAAAAAUUGACAGCCAGACUGGAGAUGUGACAACAAGUAUCCUCCGAUUUGUCCCUUACGUGGAGGACAACGGAAAAUACUUUGCUUGUCGAGCUCACAAUCCAGUCAUCCCAGGGAGUGCGAAGGAAGAAGGAUGGAAUCUGGAAGUCUUUUAUGCACCUCAAGUGACUCUUCAAUUAGGCAGCACAUUCCGUCAAGGUGAAGUGAAAGAAGGAAACGAUGUAUUUUUCGAAUGCAACAUCAGAGCGAACCCCUGGGUUACAGAAAUAUCUUGGUUCUUCGAAGGCAGAGAAUUGCGCACGAAUACCUCAGCUGGAAUCAUCAUUAGUAAUCAGACAUUGGUGUUACAAAAUGUUAAUCAAACAAGUCGAGGUAACUACCAUUGUUCUGCUACCAAUGCUGAUGGUACUGGAGCAAGCAACGAGGUGUUUCUAAGAGUAAAGUAUUCACCUGUUUGCAGUCCAGGCCUUAGAAGAGUCUAUGGUGUAGGGCGACAUGAAACAGUGCGGGUGCUGUGCGAACUAGAUUCUGAUCCGGCAGACCUUGAAUUUCACUGGAGGUUUAAUGUAUCUGAGCGCAGUCUAGACAUAGCAAGUUUUACAGCAAGUGGCCGAGAAAGUAUUGCUUCAUACAUACCACACAGCGAUGACGAAUACGGGACUCUUUCUUGUUGGGCAACAAACGAAGUGGGAUGGCAAAAAGAACCAUGCAUGUUUUCUAUUGUACCAGCUGGACCACCAGAACCGCUGCAAAAUUGCACUGUUGUAAAUCACACAGAAAAUUCAAUUCAGGUAGAAUGUGUCGAAGGUUACAACGGAGGCCUACCUCAAGUUUUUACCAUAGAAGUCUAUGAUGUGGAAAUGGGCAAACUCCGCUCUAAUGUAACACUUGCCCAGCCUGCAUUUGUGAUACAAGGACUGCCUAGCAGUACAUCGCUGACAUUGGUCGUAUAUUCCAGCAACGGCAAAGGUCGAAGUUCUCCAUUUACCUUGUCUGCUGUCACUUUGCAAAGAGCGGAAAAGUUAACUGGUAUGCAAGGAAUUAUAAUUUUUCGCCCUGUUUUGGGAUUACUUAUUGGAGUCGUUGUUUCUUUGGUCAUCAUAGCCAUUGUCAUAGUUAUUUCCAUAAAACUCAAAAGAAGAAGAAAACACAAAGAUUGUCAAGGCGUUGUAGGGAUCACAGAUAAAUCACAGACGCCUUUAAAGAAAGAUACAGAUGACAUGCCAGAUGGAGAAGAAAAAGGGCCGGAUAUCAUUCCAGCAAAUAUAAUAAAUCGAGCUUAUUACACAGAAGACCCAAAGGAAAGUUCGCCAUCUGGUAGUGCAAUGGCAAGCAGGAGGUGGCCCGAAUCUCCACCUCUUGAAACGUUAGAAACUUCUUUAUCAACAUCUACGUAUAGAAAGCAUCCUGAUGAAAUAACGUACGUUGAGUUGUCUUUACCGAAGGAACAUCACAGUGUUACGACGGUUCGUCGGAAAGACCCACCUACCGAGUAUGCCAACAUAGACCUCCACAGUCACUUGCACUUGCAGACGAUUGUCAUUGAAAGGGAGGAGGAGGAAGACAUAGGGAAUAACACAUGUGAAACACCCCUCAUGAACAGCAGACGAGAAAGUGCUGUUUGAAACGAGACUAUUUUAUAAUUAUUUAAAAUGUGAAUCAGUUGAUUGGGAGUGAAUUACUCGGGAAUACAUUUAUCAAGAAGGACACCAAUUGUACGUUUGGAUAAAACAUUUCCUCUGUGAUUCUUUUUGAAAAUCCCUUUCGAGCAGUUAUUGAAGCUCAGGAUAUGGAUUUAGAUCAUUGUCUUGAAUGUGAAACAGCAGUCGUUGAGGUUGGUGAUAUUUGUAACGAUACAAUCAAAUGUUUGAAUGAAAUCAGAAAAUUCGUUUUUUCCUAAAACUAAAAAUAAGUUAUGUAAACUGUCUUCUCUCUUACACGUCUGAGAGUGUACUGCUAUAUCGUUCACCACAAUAUUUGGAUAAUACUAGA